UGGGGCGCACUCACAAGUUGCCUUCGCCCAGUCGCCACCGGUCCGGUGCGAUGUGACAGAUGACUGAUAACCUUCAGUCCGGUCUUCGGUGCAGCCUAUGGCUCGGUCUCACAUUUUUCAGCCACAGUAUCCGUGAGUUUCAAGACGUUCUCCUGAAGGUGCAACCUUGAGUUGGGAGAAUGAGCUCCUCUUGGGGCAGUUCAGCUUUUGAUGGUGGAGACCAUGACAACCGCGUGUUCACUGUGGAGGGAUGUCCGGGUGGAGACUCUCCCGCGACCCCCAGGAAAAGACUUCACUCCGCGGAGGAAGCGCAAUGGAGCAGCCGACCUCCUCCUGAGGGCGCCGGGUCGGUUCCCAUCUCCGAGUCGGAGGAGAAGGGAGGCUUUUGCCAAAGUUGCCAGAAGAAAGUCUCAGAGCUGAAGAAACAAGCGCUAGCUCUGGCUGACCAGAAUUCACUGAAGGACCCGGGUAUGCAACCUUCCUGUUCGAGCAGCUCCAAACUCCUGGGAAUCAUGAACCUGGAUGCUGCCAAGUUUGCUCUACACCUCUCCACCAACUGAGGCAGGAGGCCUUGCAGACACUCCAUGCUCCUGUCUUGGCCUUCAGCUCCAACAUGGCUGCC